AAUAGGCAAAAAAAUCACAGAGUUGAUGCACUAGUCACAGUUCUCUAUACCAUUAAUGAAGAGAGGGCUCAAUAUUCGCAAAUUUGUGCAUAUGCGCACAAAUUUUCACAUAUACGCAAAAAAAGCGAAUAUUCGUAAUUAUGAAUAUAUAGUGCUAUAUUUGCAAUAUUCGCGAUUAAAAUUUGAAUUGCGAAUAUUCAUGAACAACACUAGUCGCUGCGAAUACAGUGAAGGAGUUUAAACAUGCAUGGGAUAGGCAUAAGGCUAUCCUUCAUAUAAGAUAGGGCCAGGGACUAUUGAUAGGAUUCAGAUUAUUGGGCAGACUAGAUGGGCCAAUUGGUUCUUAUCUGCCGACACAUUCUAUGUUUCUAUACUGUAUGGAUAUCAGAAAAAUGGUUCCAAGCUCUUAUUUCUUUAUUAAAUUCACUACUUUGGGGCAGGAAAACACGAGAAUGAAAUAUGUUUCUUUAACGUUAUCUGUGCACGAUGGGGGUUGGGCACUUUUUUUUUUUUUUUUAGGUACUUUUUAGCACUAAAAUUGCAGACUAUUAUUAGAAGGAAGGAAAAUGUAGUCCUAUUUUUUCUCUCUAAGGGUAUGUUCAAACUACGGAAUUCCUGCGGAAUUCCACGGGCGGAAUUCCGCAAGCCGAAUUCCACGGGCGGAAUUCCGAUAGCCGAAUUCCGCGGUGUGAACUUAACAUUAGUGUGAAUGGGUUUCCGCGGGACCCGUUCACACUGCGGAAUUUCAGCGCCGCUGAAAUUGUUCCGCGCAAAGAAAGAACAUGUUCAUUCUUUGCACGGAAGUCCUCGAGCACUGCAUAGCUGUCAAUGGUGACGGCUCAGUGCCGCCCGGUUCUACCGCUGCCGCCGGCUGCCAGUCUGAAUCUCCGCUCGAUGAAUUCAGCGAGCGGAGAUUCCAUUCACACACUGUAGUGUGAACAUACCCUAAUGGGUCGUUAUAAGGAUAUUUUUGAGAUUUUGGAAGCUGGGAUACUCACUACACCCAUGCAUAUCUAUAUAAUAAAGUAUGGGAGGAACUUAAAAAUGUUUUUAAAUCACAUGGAGUUUUGACUUUACUUCAUUAUGGUCGAAUAAAGCACUUAAAGAAUUCCUUAAAAUGAAAGAUUCACUCUUUUGGAUGAAAAGGGGCUUAUUUAUGUAAAUCAAUUAUACGCUUUAGGUCAAAUAAAGUCGUUUGAAGAGAUAGCCCAUAAGUAUGGGGUGGCAGACAAUCAGAAAGAUUGUUUUUUACAAAUAAGUAACACAGAUCAUAAACCAAUAAAAGGAGAGAUUGGAGAUUUCAGGGAUUCUAUAUAUAAGAAAAGUUUAAUUAGACUAUUUCCUUAUGCAUAGUUGCUGUCUGGGCAUGCUGGGAGUUGUGGUUCUGCAGCGGUUGGGGGUUCACAGCUUGAAGACCACUGCUAUAGAGGGUGCAAAUGUAUCUGAGCCCUUGAACUCAAAUAAUGUGAAAUAUGAGAUGAUCAAAAUGGAGCCCCUGCACUAAUUACUUGGGUUCUGGGGUCUGUAAGGUCCAUAGUAAAAACAUCAGGUUCUGUCUAUAGCAGAUACUAAAUCAUGGCAGCUCAAAGAAACAAGUAGUCAUUCUGACAUGUCACAUGUGAUGUCAUAGACAGCUGGAGGCCUGACAUUCCACUGACAGCCGCCCGAGCCUUCAGUCUGUUCCAGUGAGAUUAGUGAGAAUAGUGAGAUUAGCGUCUUCUUCUUCUACUUGUCUAAAAUGGAGCUAAAAGGACUGGGGUUCGUCCCCCUCCUGUUGGCGUUUUGGUGUGUGGCCUGGCUUGCCACCAGCUACAUCGUGAAGGUCGUCCUCGGCCAUGCAGCCUCGCCACUGAUGAGCAUCAGUGACGUGGGAAAUUUCUUUCCCGAAAGCAUAUUAUUCAGAAUUGGAUUCAUAGGGAUGUCCAUUGGCACUUUGGUACUAACCUUUCUUAUUUAUAAGUAUAUGGUUAUGCAUACUGAAGAGUUCAGGGGUCAUCAGGUCCUGAUCCAGAGGAUCCUGCUGGCCAUUGUGUGGGCCUCCUGUUUUGCCACAGCUAUCAUGCAUGUAUUGUCCCCCGAAGAAUAUCCCAGGAUACACUUUGUCAGCACGAUAAUUUCCAUUACAUGUGAAGCCUUAUACUACCUUGGGCAGUCCAUCCAGAUGUAUAAAUUACCAGGAGCAAAAAAAGUCAUCCACCAUAGUAGAUGCACCUGCUGUGGCCUGACUUUUGUCUGUGUAGUUUUCUAUUUUGGAUAUGAAACAUUAAAGGAAUUAUUCUAUAAUGAUGAAGACUGGGACGAGAUCCGUGAAAUCCCCAUCAUAAUCAUCGAGUGGGUGAUGCUUCUACUGAUCCUGAUAAACAUCGUGACCUAUUAUUCCACCAUGCAAAGGUUAUUGUUGACCGUCUCCAGAAACAGCUGCAAACUCUCUCUUAGAGUAAAAAUUGAUGACUUCGGGGUGUAGACCACCACGGGGGCCAUCAAGUGGACUUCUGGGAGAGAUACUGCACAGGACACGGAAAACAUCUAAAGAAGAAUAACUGGGGGACUACAUAUGGUGCCAGUAAUCAUGGCACAAUAAUAUGAGCUGGUGAU